GAUGUCUCGCAAAUGGCGGAACCGGGCGGCCAAUGCUGCAUUUAGCAAACAAUCGUUUCUAUGUUUGCAUUCGGAAGUCUUUAAAUAUAUAGUCGUCGUUUUAGUUAGUAAGUCUUAAUUUGUCUGCUUUUGAUGUUGGUUUCGCUACCCAAACAGGAAUCAUACAUAAUGUUUUUGUGUGGAAAAUAGUAUUUUGACAACAGUGUCCUGGUUAGCAUCUUUGUUGGAAGUUUAGGCCUCGAACGGCUGUUUAAUGGUUUUUAACAAUAGCCCUGAAACAAUUUUGCAUGUAUUGGAAGAAUUUUUUUUUUCAAACAGUGAAACACAACAGCAUGGGAGUUAAUAACCUUCCGAUGACUUGCAACUAUUGAAACGUAUUUUGUUAUAUCGCUGUAAUUGAAGAAAACAUUUUCCGUGCGGCAUCAUUAAAUUUGAGGAUCACAAAGGAAGGAUGUCCUACGGCGCAGCAGGAAGCGGUGGGAUUUCUCCUUGGAUGGAGGGAGCAAAUGGAAGGGGUGUAGAUGAUAAGAUGGAAGGGGUCAAGAAAGAUAAGAUAACCUCCAAGCUGUCUGUUGAGAGAGUUUACCAAAAGAAGACGCAGCUUGAACACAUUCUUCUUCGACCUGACACAUACAUUGGCUCCGUUGAGCCCCUCACGCAGGUAAGUCAAAUUAAGAUUGUACAGUGGUGCAUAAAUGAAAUAUCCUCGCAUAUACCUUCUGAUGAAGAAAGAAAAUAUCUUUUCAUCGUGGACUUGUGUCUGUCUGAGCACACCCUGAUUGCAAUUCAAUUAAAUAGCAUACCUUUUGAAAUUCUUCCUUCCACAGUCAAUGCAGCAGAUAACAAACAGAGGGAUAAAAACAUGAGUGCCAUUAAGAUCAACAUUGACCCUGAGUCCAACACCAUCUCUAUCUGGAACAAUGGGAAAGGAAUACCAGUGGUGGAGCACAAAGAUGAGAAAAUGUAUGUCCCAGCCCUAAUUUUUGGUCACCUGCUCACCUCCAGCAACUAUGAUGAUGAUGAAAAGAAGGUCACAGGUGAGUAGAGGUCAGAGAUGACACUAGGCCAGGGCUACUCCAAUAAAAAUCAGAAAGAUCUGCAGAUAGAUGUUUCGAUGAGUCCCAGGUCUAUUGUUCA